CAGUAAUUUUUUUUUCUAAUCGGAGAUUUAACAGUCGAAGUAAUAUAUAUGCGCUGCACUGGAAAACAAUAAAAUAAUACGUGCAAUUAGGGUUAAAUAUUAUCCGUGCAUUGAUACGAAACUCGCGACGCGGUCAAUUAACGUUUUAAGAGCAACAUUGGCUAUUGGGGAAAUUACUCAUACACUAAUGUUUACUCUGUGAGUAAUUUUAACACGGUACAAAUGUGUGUGCGGUUGCGGUACGCGAAAAACUACCGACGGUUGCCUUUCGUAACUAAGAGCAUUUCUUUUGUAUAAGUGAAUUCCGAUGGGCUAAAAUCACAUAAAGAGUGUUUCAAGUGAUCCAAUAGACGAUUAAUUUUAAGGAUUUAUUUAUUUGUGAUUCCAUAUAUGUGCUGGCACAAGUGGCUGUGAUUUUUUGGUUGCAACGCCCAGCUUCGUCGACAGUUCAUCGAGCCCUCUUUGAUUGAUGGUGGUGCCCACCUGUUGACCGUUCAUAGGCAGGCGGCCAUAAUUGCAAAGAACAAGGAGCUUUAUAGGCCAUGAAGCUGUGUCUGUGCCUUCGCAGAGACGAUCAAUCCCUGUUUCUCAGUGGCUCCCAACUUUAAACUCUUUUAUUACAUUAUCGGCUUCUAAUGUGACGCUAUCUAGAUAGAUCUUUGCCACGAAGGACCUACUUCUGACGCUGCAGCUUAAAAAUCCUUUCAUGUUGAGGUACAACUGGCUUUAUAUGUCUUGUGGCUCAAAAUCUUAGUUUCAAAAGGAUGAGCUGGACAGGACCAAAACAAUCUGAUCAGCAUAAUCGAAUCGUCGUCUUUUUGCCCCGUGUGAUUUUCGACUAGUGUGAAAUCCAUACUCCUUAUAAAACUAAAAUAAAUCACUGAAAUUGUGUGUAAAUCACUCAAAUUUUAUAUCCACAGGAACACCAAUAUGCAUCGUCCAACCACUGAGAAAAUGUAUUUACACUAGAAAGUAAAUAUUUAAAAGGAGUAAUUCUUGCUGUAAAUGUUUCAAACACUGCAGUUUCAACGCCUGACAAAUAUACACAAUAUAUUGGCAAUUGAGGAAGAACCGAACUCAGUGAAUAUAAAACCGGCCUGAAACUCUUCAAUAUUAUUAAAGCCAAAAGCAACCACAAUGGGCGGCGGCAAAAAUAUACGCCGCGGCUUGGAGCCACUGGAGUUUGAAGAAUGCAUCGUCGAUAGUCCAGACUUUCGCGAAAAUUUGAAUCGACAUGAAAAGGAACUGGAUCAUACUAGUCAUCAAAUAAAACGAAUAAUCAAAGAGGUCAAAGAUCUUAUGAGUGCGGCAAAAAUGCUGUCCACUAGAAUGAAACAAUUGGCCAUUUUACUUACCGACUUUAACUUUGAGUGCAUAGGCACUGCUCAGACUGACGAUGAAAAUGUCAUUUGUGAAAGCCUUAAACGAUUCGGUGCUAUUAUUGGCAACAUUGAAGAUGAGCGUGAAAAAAUGCUUACUCUCGCUGAUAAACAUAUUAUUGAGUCUCUGGAGGAUUUUCGAAAAAAGCAAAUUGGUGGCGUCAAAGAAAACAAAAAGAAAUUUGAUAAGAAAACGGAGAAAUUUUGUCAGUCGCAGGAGCGUUUCCUGAAUAUGUCCACAAAAAAACCGGAAAAUACUAUACAGGAGGCUGAUGCUAGUUUGGGCAUGCAUGAACGCGAGUAUAUCCAAGAGUCACUUAGCUAUGUUUUGCGCAUACAAGAAGUGCAGGAACGAAUCAAAUUCGAAUUUGUCGAAAUAUUGCUUGCAUUUAUUUCUGGCUGGUUGGUCUUCUAUCACACAGCACACGAACAGGCGGAAGAUCAUCGCGAUUACCUGCAGGAUUUGAGGCACAAGGUGCAGAAGACUCGGGAAAAUUUCGAGGAAGCACGCGAAAAAGUGACUGAACUAAAAACAAAGUACAUGGAAAAGCGCACAAAACCCGAGGAAAUUUUUACAAAACGCGGUUACCUAUUUUUAAUGGAAAAAAGUUCCAUUCUGAAAAUCUCCCUUUUAGAGCCAUUCAAAGCCACUUGGACAAAGUACUAUUGCACAUUCAAGAAGCAAAAGCGGGAAUUCACCAUGCUGCAGUUCAAUCAAAUGAACCACAAUUUCACGAGACCCGAAGCUCGCGAUGAUGAAAAGCUGACGCUUUUCUCCUGCCAGCGACGGGCGUCGGAGUUUGAGAAGCGCUUUUGCUUCGAUUUGACGUUUAAAGAAAAGCCAGGAGUCGUGUACACAUUUCAAGCUUUAAGCGAAAAGGAUCAUCGGUACUGGAUUAGUGCUAUGGAUGGCACGGAGCCAACUUACUUGGCUCCCGGUAAAAUCAAAGUCAGCGAGGCAUAUCAUCUGGAUGAACCCGGAUUCACGUUCAUUCGCAAGUGCAUCAAGGUAUUGGAAAUCCGUGGUCUGGAGGAUGAAGGCAUUUAUCGAAAGAGUGGCGUUGGAACCAAAAUCAGCAAGCUGUUGGCGCUGGGUCUGAAUCAAAAGGAAACGGACGAUGUGUUUGUCGAUGACAAGUACCGGGAUUUAAUGGAAAGCAACACCAUUGCGAGUGCCCUGAAAAUGUAUCUCCGGAAUCUGAAUGAGCCGCUAAUGACGUAUCAGUACCACAGUGAUUUCAUUGAAGCAGCAAAGCAAGAAACCCUUAAUCAACGCGUGAAUGAGGUACACAAGCUGGUCUACAAAUUACCACAGCCUAAUUUCCAGAUGCUAGAUAUGGUUAUUUGUCAUUUAACAGACGUUUCACGCAAAUACGAAAAGAACAAAAUGUCAGUAUUUAAUCUUGGAGUUGUUUUCGGACCAACUCUGCUGCGCCCGCGCGAAGAAUCAGUUGCCGCCAUAUUGGAUAUCAAGUUUAACAACAUUGUCAUCAACAUUCUGAUUGAUAACUACGAAAGGAUAUUCAAAAACAAGCCCAGCGCCGAUGUGAAGGGACCGGAGGCCACGAAAGCGCCAAGUAUCAUGUAUCCCAGUCGCAGCAGUCCACCGACUCGGAUGCCACGGGCAUCUCAAAUAGGAAAAGCUGCUUCCACGGGUGCCAUGGGUAGCAGCAAUACGGCCGGCAAUCCCAUGUUCCUCACCCAGCAGAAAAUCUACCGGGUGGUGAACAAAUCCAACUGUACAGAGCCCACAAUGUCAUCGAGCCUGCAAAAUAUUCCAAAUGGCGACAACUAUGUGCUGGGCAUGACGAGCGGUGGAUCGACCGUAAUCAAUAGUGGCUCGGCUGGUGCUGGCUGCAUAUCCCUGUCGCCGCCGAUGCACAUGCUGAACGGCAUACUGUCGCCGACAAUUGGCAGCAUCAAUAACCUACACACCAUAUCGAAGAACGAGGCCAGCAGCCGACGCUACGUUCCCAGCUCCUGCACCGAUGCCGAGGUGGCGCCCGACUACGGGAUCAUAAGUGCCAACAAUGGCGGCGUAACGUCGCAUCACGCCGUUCCCGUGAGCAGUACGAGCAACUUUCGGCAUCCGGAGUACCUGAUGACCGCCACGGCCACUCCGGUGUCACAGUCGCAGUCGGGCUCCAGCAACCACAUAUACACGAACACCGCUGGUGCUGGUGCUGGUGCUGGUGCCGGUGCUGGUGCUACCUCAAGCAAUCGUAUUAGUCUAAGCAACGUUUCCCCGCCAAAUACAGCGAUGCGAAAGGAGAGAUUUCUGGGCAGCGGUGCCAGUGGGCCGCAGCAGCAUCCGCCCGUGCAGCGCGGACUGCACUCGUACGGCCAGACAAAGCACUAUUCGCCCCUGAUGCCCACCUCGACGUCGAGCUCCAACGACAGCGUAUGUGAUUCACUAUCUUCCAACAACGGCCUGGGCAGCAGCUCCAUUGUGGCCAACAGCAGUGGGAAUGUGACUCAGCACUUGAACACUCGCAACUCCAAUGAAUACGCACUGAUAACGUCGCAGAACUCGUCGCUGUCGCCCCUUCUGAAUCCCACCUGCGACGAAGUCGUCACGGCAACCACGUUGCCCUCAGUUAGUCUUAGUUGUGGCGGCUCCGCCAACGAAAGCUCUGACUAUCCGCCUAGUAAAAUGCAUCGCAAUCGUGACAUCAACCAAAUAAAACGCGAUUUGUCAACGGGCACAGCUCGUGUGCGCACACUUUAUGCUUGCAUGGGAGAAAGUGAAGGUGAACUUUCAUUCGAGCCUAACCAAAUAAUAACCAAUGUUCGGUACUCCCACGAACCUGGCUGGCUGCAAGGUACCCUAAAUGGUAAAACAGGACUCAUUCCGGAGAACUAUGUGGAACAUUUAAAGCCUCAUCAUUAGAUAAUGAGUUUAAAGAGUUCUCGCUUAUUUUUUGCAUUCGUCGGUAGAUAAUAUUAAAAUGAAAAUUAGGAAAUCUGAAAAUAAUCGUUGUGUAAAAAUUAAUUUUUGAUUAUGUACUCUUAGGGUUUUACAUGAGAUGUUUUUCAUUUUAUGCCAACCCAUGAAACCACAAUCUUACCUUAUAAAUAUGUUAACCAUUAUAUUACCAUGACCAUAAAAUGUACUUAUUUUUAAUUAUUUAAUAAGGAGUAUAAACUCAGUGCAACGGCAAAGAUUUAUUUACUAAUUGUUACGCUCUUCAUUUGUUGCUUAUUUAUACAUAAUUCACGUAAUUUGUGCAAAAAUGGAUUACAUCGUAUCUAAUAUCUACUACAUAUACAUUGUAUAAAAAUAAAUAGCAGUGCUUCGAUCACUUAAAAUGUAAACUUUAAACUGAAGUCUGCCAUAUAUCAUAUCAAACAAAAAAAAAAAAAGAAAGAAUAAUAAAUAUUUUCUUAGCAAGGCAAAGAAAACGUAGAAUGUUGAAAAAGUUGUU